AUGACACCCUUCGACAGGAGCGCAACCCUUACCCAGGCUGAGUGCUUGAGUACCAGGCCCCGUCACUGCCCGCAGUGUUCCGAGUUCGAGGGCGGUUGCCCGGCCAGGGGAAGGACCACCGAAGGAGAGACUGCGAACCUAAAAGAAGUAUACAAGGCUGGGAAUCUGACUGUUCUCGCUGGGGACCGUGAGCCUUCUGACAGCUCAGUUCAAUUGGACUUCCAUUUCAAGCUCGGCACCCAGGGUACUGCUCACUGGCACGGCGUACUGCAAGGGCGCACGCUCGUCCUCGACACCCCUCACCAGCUCCUGGAACGCUGCAGCCGGGACAGCCUGACCGCGACACUGGAAUACGUGGAAGAAGAAACGGACGUGGACCAGGUGUUUGUCAACUUCCACAAAUGUCGAUCUGACCGUGGUGACCUCCUCCGGGCAUUCGGCUAUAUGGGCUUCAAACUCGUUCAACCCGAUCAUCCGGCCCUCCCGCCCUGGAGAGAUGUCAUCUUCAUGGUCUACCCCCUGGAUCGGGAACUGGGCCCCAAAGGGGCACAAGAGUCGCCCGUGUUAGGGGCGCCAAACAACAAGGAGGGGCCCGCGCUUGUGGAGAGCACCCCCAACCCAACUUGA